CCAUGGUAGGGGUAGGGUGUAGGGGGCGGUUUGGGAAUGGGCCUCCGUCACUGCUGUUGGGAUCAUGUGACUGCUCAACAGCACUGUCAAGUGACGCACAGAGCGUGAGCGUACACACAGCGGUACCCGGCAGAGAGUCAUGGAGCUGCUGCGGGUCGCGGUGUUCCUCGGGCUGUGUCUGGGGGCCUGCUGCUGUCAGGCCGUGGUUCUGAGCGACUCAGCGGGCCUGGGGAGAGGCUUCGACGGGAUAGGAGGUCUGAGCGGCGGAGGGGCGACGUCUCGGUUACUGGUGAAUUAUGCCGAGCCCUACCGCAGCCAGAUAUUAGACUUCCUGUUUAAGCCAAACUUUGGAGCUUCCUUGCACAUACUGAAGGUGGAGAUCGGAGGAGACGCUCAGACUACUGGUCAGUGAUAUUCAGUAACACAGAGACCAGGUUGGGGGAGUAACGGAUUACAUAAUGGGAUUAUGUCAGGAUACCAACAAAAUCUAACUGUAUUCCCUUACAGUGACAUUAAGAUAAAACAUAAUCAGAUUACUGUUA